CUCAUGCCAGGUAUUAACAUGAAUUCGCGCUAGGGUUACAAAUAUCAUUAAAUAACACUUUUAUCAGAGUAAAUAAUGAAUGCUAAUGUCAGUUGUGAAAAUAGGUAAUCAGGAUUGAAUACAAGAACAACAACAAAAGGUGGCGGUCGAUUAACAUCUACUUUCCAACCUCGGGGCUUGGGCUAUGCAGCAAAAUACUGUUUGUUUAUCUGAAUAUGGAUCCCAGAGAUGGAGUAAAAGAAACAUUAUUAUGCAGUGUCUUAGACUUCUGAUGUAAAGAAUGAGUGUACCAAAUGACAUGUAGACAAUGACCAAAACAUGUCUGGGGAUAUGUUAAGCGAUGCGAGUGGCUCGAAUAGGUACUAUAAGGCCUUUCAGCUAAAUGUAGACAUAGGAAACGAGGUAUUGCGUGAGGUUUUGAAUAAUGAGCUUAAGGCUUCAGGACACAGUCUCGUUGAAUACAUGUCACUUCCGAACUCUCAGCGUAUCAUUACAGAUCGGCAAAGAAGACGGGUCUUGCAUAUGCACCAGGUUGCACAACUAAAUUCUCCAAGCCUUACAUUGAAUGAGAUGGAUUUUACCCUUUUAACAUUCAUUAUUUUGAACAUGUUUACCAUUCCGGCAAACGAUCAACAAAGUGUAGAGAAAAUGAGAUCAAAACGAAAUGAACUUGUCCAUAUUCCUAGUUGUGAGUUGCCAGAUUCAACAUUGUUCGAUGAAUCGAGGAGAUGGAUUGAACGGCUAUGUAGUAAUACGGGUGAUACAUUUAAAGAAAAAGUAGCGUCUACAAUUCAAGCAUUGGAGAAUCGUCAUUUUGUGUCAAGGGUGUGCCAUUCAAGCAAAAUGAAAUUGAUCAUGGAGGAGAAGUGGUUUGACCUCCUCAAAUCAGAACACAACGACGACGAUGAAAUUUUACGAAUGAAGUUUGGCUUAGCAUUCAGUGUAAACGACAUUGGGCGAUUUCUUGACGUAUCAGUUCUUGCACAAGAGCUUCAGAAACUUGAAAUUAUCAAUGAACGUGACAGAUUGCGUAUAGAAAUGGAAGACAAUUUUGAAGAGCAGGCAUCAGUGCUGGCCUUGAUUAUGAUGGGAGAAAACAAAGAACAGAUGUUAAAGUUCUGCAAAUGCCUACGCAAAAUGAAUCCACUGGUUGGGAAAUUAGUCGAAUAUUUCUCUGAAAAUCCACAACUAGAGAGACAAUUACAUACUAUCGAAACGGAGGCCAUCAAACUUAUUCUUGGAAGAGAUCUAGUUCACUCCACAGAACAUGAUGUAUCAUGCGCGGAGAUCCAUCGGCACAUUGAAGAUGAACGAAAAUGCUUUACGUCAUUCAAAAAGAUCAUGAAAUGUUUGCGGAAUGUGUUCAAAGAAGCAAAUUAUGAUGCAAAUUCUUGCAGAGUGUGUAACAUUACAUGGAAAAAUAAAUCACCAUCGACAAGGUGCGAGUUGUUGCGUGAUAGAGAGGAAGAAUCGAUCCAAAAUAUGCCGAGUGAAAAGUUUAAAGAAUAUCUUGGGAGGCAGAUGUUGAACAUCACAGAAAACGUGGAAUUGAUAAAUGCUGUGUGUGAGAUUGUGAGGUCUGAAAGCAUAUCUUCAGGAGUUUUUGCUGACUUCUCCGACAGUGACUUAGAAGAUACUUUUAAGAAAGAUUUGGAAAAGGCUGGUCACAAGUAUGGAAGAGGAAUUCAUAUCGGAUUGAAGAAAGUUAGAGAAAGUAUAAAACAACGGACUAAAGCCUCCAAUAGUGUACCUGUAGACACUUUCCGGGAGUUUGGAAAGAAUGACGGUGACUGUUCAUACAAGAAAGGCACGGUCAGAUGCACGGCAGACGACCUGUUGACUCCGGCACAUUGUUUUGUUAACCCGAACAAAGGAGUGAAUUUUGAAGCCGAAUUUGUAGUAAACCUCAUAAAAUUUGCAUUGGCUUAUAUGAACGCAAGGCAAAAUGGAACAAUUCACUUUGGAAUAAAACCUUCCGAAAAUAAUGAGGGUCUUGUAGUCGGUGUUCCCAAACUGAACAUAGCGAAAGUCUACACUUACAUCGCUCAGAGUUUGAAGCACACUCUUCAGCGACAUGAAGUAAGACUUGUUGAAGUAUGCCUGGGACCUAUUCAUAUGAUACCUGUGGGUGAUGAGCUUUUUGUUUGUGAAGUGGACAUUGAACCCUCAUCAUCUUUCCUUCGCGAAGCUGUCAUGAAUGCUAAUUUUCCACCAUGGGGUCUCCAGCAUAAGAAAUGCUUUAUUUUUGUGAAACGAAAUGCUAGUUCAUUGAUUGAAGUUGUUGACCAAAACAAACUUGGAAAUAUUCAAAAUGAAUUUUCAAAUGUAUUUGAAAAACGAAAAUAUGAGGAAAUGGCAAGGGUUUCUAAGGAAAACGACAAGCAGUAUCGACUUCGAGAACUCGUCAAAUACCUGACGGCGGGGAGUAAGUACGUAACUGAUGAACAGGUGCCUCAUAUUGUUUCAGGGCCAUACUCAGAUUGUGCAGAACUUGAAGAUAUGCCACGAAGCCUGACAAUAAUGGAAUCUGCAUUUGUUUCAUCUGAUAUUGUUUUCGAUUUUGACUCUUCAACCGAUCUAAGGGAAGUUAUUGAGAAGGACAAUAGGUACUUUGACAUCACACUUGCCGAGGAAGUUAAAAGUCAGUCUACAAAGGAUAAUUCCGCGCAUGACACGCCCGGGCCUUUGUGGUUAUACUGCAAUGGCAAUGUAGCCCGAAAUGCUUCCAAAAUGGGAAUAAAGGACUGGUUCACGUCGCGAUAUGAAACGGUUAAUGCGCUUAUUGAGCAAUCUCAUCAGAGACACAGAAAGCGGACGCUCAUUUUGAUAUUUGUGUAUCAGCCUUUGUCAUCCAACGAUCCAUUGUUUCACACUGCUUUAGACUGUUGCAAACGAUAUGUAGAUGAAACAAAGGUGAUUUCAGAUAGCGAAGAAAAUAUAAGUCAGUUAAAGAACAAUUUGUCGCAAGUAUUUCAAAAAACAGAUGUGGACAAACUCUUCUUCUUCGGAUAUCCCUGGCAAGAAAUAGCAACCGCUAUAUCGCCUAUCUUUAAACAUAAUCCAGAAUGCAUUUGUAAAAUGCCACUUGCAAGUGGCUCCUUUGCCAUUUUGACACAAAAAGAAAAAUACCAACUUGGUAUAAGAGACAUUGAGCUCGUUAGCGGAGACGAAUGCAGUCAAUCACUUGAAGAGAUGGACGAUGACAUGAGAAAGGAAACAGAAAAGAGGGAGACAGAGAAAUUCUACCGAGGAAAUGAAGUUUCAUGGUGGAAUUUUGAAUUUCAAACCCAUGUAUGUGAAAGAGACGUAUUUCAGAGUUAUGUAAAUGACGUAGUGACAAAAAUAAACGAAGGAUGUAAAAGGCUUGAAAUAGUAGAAAUCAAACACCAGCCAGGGGCUGGUGGUACAACGUUAGGUAGGCAUCUCAUUUGGCAUUUGAGUCAGUUUCAUAGAUCAGACUCGGCGAGUGCCUACAGAUGUUGUAUAGUCCGAAAUGUUACUGAGAAGGAAACGGCGGACCAGAUCUCAAAGUUCAGAGAAUAUAAAGAAGUGGACCAUGAAAAAACAAAAACAGUCAUUGUAUUUGUUGACAACGAGAGUGAAGAGGCACUUAAAACGUUGAAGGACGAUUUAGACUCGCUUGCUUAUCGUGUUGGAUCGAAAUCAGGCCGUCUUGUGUGCUUGCUGAUAGUUGUAACAAGAGUUCAUAUUUCGAAACAUAAUAUCGACAGAUAUACUGUUUUGAAACAAUUUCUUUCUCAACGUGAGAAAGCGUGGUUUCAACAUCGGAUGCAAGAUUUAGAACAAAAUGCAAAUCACGAAGAUAUACAGUCACUGAUUGCUUUCAAUGUGAUGAAAGAAAAUUUUUCAGAUACAUAUAUUCAAAGUACAACAAAGGGAAUCAUGGAAGGACUGCGACCAAAUGAAGAAAAACUACUUCAGCAUCUCUCGCUGAUCAAUACCUUUGACACUGAUGCCAUGGUCCCAAAAUUGGUAUUUGAUGAACUCCUGGGGUCAUUUGCUUCCAGUACUAAAAAAUACAGUACUAGAGAGUUGAAAGAAUCCCAAAAACCCGUGGGUCUUGCUGACUUUUGCAUGCAGAAGUCCAACAAACGCCAGACAUGGAAAGACACAGAAUCUCUGAGACUGCUCAUUAGGCAUAGAAACAAUGCACAUGACAAAUGUAUUGCCAUUGUUUCACCCCUUUUAGCAAAUUCAAUACUUUUCCAACUGAUGGGAAAAUGCCAGCUGUCGAUUGAAAAUGUUGUUGAUCAACUUCUUGACUAUGUACAUGAUCAGAGAAAUGAGGAUACAAAUUCAAGUGAUUCAUUUACUGAAAUUGUUUGCAAUCUGUUCAACAAAAGGGAGAAAACUGUGACAGAAAACGGAGAGGAGAAACGGAAUUUCUUUUCAAAUUUAGUUUUGGAAUUAGAUUCACCAUCAGGAGGUGAAACAGAAAAGGAAUGUCAUCAAAAAACUAAUCGUUUGAUGAAAAAAUGUUUUGAUGUAUCAGGUGACCCAUAUGUCGAACAGCAAAGGGCUCGCCAUUGCAUUCACGUUCAUGAUUUUGAAGAAGCAAAAGAAGCAAUACAGGCAUCCAUCGAACGUUUAGACAAGGUUCCUAUUCUUUAUGAUACGUAUGGACAGGUGUAUAAAGGCGAACUCGAAUUUGUUCUAAAAAAUACAGAUGCAGCAGCUGUUAACGUUAACCAUGUGAUCAAUUUGGCAACAAACGCCAUUAAGAUGUUCCGCAAAGCUCAAGACUUAGACCAAGAAGGACAGAAUUCAUCAUUUUCAAUGGAAGUUUUGACAGCCUUGUAUAUGUUGGAACAGAUCUCCAAACUACCAUGCAUCAAAGAAAACCGAAACAUGUUUCUUCGAUUCUUAAAUGGACAGAACACCGAUUUGUUUGACUUCAUUUUGCCACAGAUCGAAGGAUAUAGGAAGGGAAAUCAUAUCCAGUGUCAUGUAGAAGAGUCUUUGUUGUUUCUAGAGUAUGAAAGCACCAUGAAGAAAGGACGCUUCAGUGAAAUCCGUAAUAAAAAGGAAACCGCAGAUAAUCUCAGAAGGCUGAAAGAUAAAUUUUCUUGCAUUUAUACGGAACAAGUUCGCGUUCAUGGAAGCAUCACCGCUUACACAUAUAAUUCAAUAAAAGAUGCAUAUCAUAACAAAAAAACGCAUCUUGCUUUGAAAUCUGUUGCAGAGGAGGUGCGUGAUAAGGUGAGGAGAAACUAUCUUUCACAUCCGAGAAUCAAUCUGUUGGAGCAUGAAAGGGAAUUAAUGAGUUUCGUUGGAUUUUACAUUAUCAAAUUGUCCCUUGCAAGGCGAAAUGAGGAAAGGGAAGAUGUCAUGCCAGAUGAAGAAUUUAAAAAACUUCUUUCAACAACUGAAGUGUUGGUUCAGCUUCAAAGGGAUAAACUGCAUACUGAACGUAAGUGGAAACCCUAUAUUGAGCCUUUUAUGUAUAUCGGACUGCUUCAUUGGCCUUUACCGAAAAGACUAGAUAUACAUGAAGAAGAAAUCUGUGAACCUGAAAAAUAUAUACAGAUUUUAAAUGAAUGGAGAGAUGUGUACGGUCAAAGAUUAGAAAGGGGAAAGAGGCUAGACCAACACCGUAGGGGCAGAUCAACAACAUUCUUUGCGCUUGCGAAUGGUCCUCCGGGCAUGGACAUAGUUGAUCAGGACAUGAUAAAAGGGGUGUGGAGAAAUGAACAAAUAAAGGAGGGGAGAUAUAGAAAAGAAGUUAAAGAAGAUGAUAUUUGGAACGAUCCCACCUACAUACGUCUUAAAGGAGUAGUUGAUGGGACUGGCAAUAACAUCCACAACGAGGUAAAACACUUCAGCAGAAAGGCAAACGAAAUGCUGAUUUGGCACUUCGACAUUCCGACAUGCAACAAUUGCCACAUUUUUCGUAAUAGGAAGGUGUCAUUCGUUUUAGGAUUUUCCUGGAGAGGACCUGUGGCAUAUGAUGUUGCAGAAGUUCAAUCUUGUGAACUGUUGCCAGAAAGCUCUACUGGUCGAGAAAGAGAGACAAAAAACGAAGUACAAACCCCUACUGCUCUCAAAGGUCGAGGACAAGCUCCUGUACGAGGAUUUAAUGAAACAGGAGGACGUGGGAAAUCUCGCUCGAACGUGACCCUAAAAACCCAAGGAGAUGGUCAGAAGACGGCGUCUGUUAGCCAAAAUCCCAACCGACAAGAUGUGGAAACAGGUCAGUUUGCAGACGGAACAGAUAAGAAGCACGUCUUUGAAGCUGGAACUAUUUCAUCUUGUAACUCAUCACAAUAUGUUUCGGAGACCCCAUCGGAAGUACUAGCACAACAAUCCGUGGCAGUACAAAUCCCUACUUCUCUCAAAGGUCAAGGACAAACUGUUGGAUUUAAUAAAACAGAUCCAAACAGCCCAAAUGUGAAGACGGGUCAGUUUGCAGACGGAACAGAUGAGGAAAACGUCAUUGCAGCUGCAUCUAUAGAAACUUGUUACGCAUCACAACCCGUUUCCGAAACCCAACCGAAAGUUCAAGCAGAGCAAUCGGGUGUUUCGGACUCGAAGAAGCUUACCAAGAGACAAAAAAAGAACUUGAAAAAGAAAGGAAAGUAGACGAACAGGCAAAUAUGUUUAGCGGAAGUAGAUACGCAUCUACAUGUACUAUAUUUUUGAUAGUGGGAAUAAUUCAAGUUUGGGUUAUGCAUUCUUUGUUUUGAAAAUGAUGAUAUCGGUAUGGAUUGUUUUAUUUUCAAAUGAGAGCACCCCUAUUAAUUGUCCAAGCUUACUACUAGAUACUUCUACUUCAUUUGUUUAUUAUACAGAUUUGUAAGCAUAAGUACCAUACAAUCGUCAAGGCGAAGGUAGCAUGCAUGAUUUUACAUGUGACCACAACAGAUAUAUGACAAUGAAUACUCACACUGCUAAAUCCCUAGAAAGGCUGUUGCUGUGCCUUCACGGCGAUAUUUCAAAUAGCUUGGUUUGUCAGAUUAGAGAUGCCUCUCUAUUUCUAGUUGCUUACUAGAACAGUUUGAGGUUUGACCCAAGUAGUACGUCAUACUGCGUUGACAUAAAAGACCUCUGCUGAUUAUGCCAGUGACCAAGGUCCAUUUACAAGGAUAUGCAUGUUGAUUCAAAGCACGUCUUGUAAAGCACUUGCUCGAUUACUUAAAUUGUUUGGAAGUAUUCGAAAUUGUGUCAAUGAUUGAGAAGUUUGUAAUAAGUGUUUUAUUAGUUGUAUUUAUAGUCUUGUAGCAUGUACAUUCUAUUUGGUAUUUUAAUAAAUAUUUCUUUACAUUCAUUGACAUACAUUUUUUAUUAUUGCAUUAACACCCUUCUAUUUGCAAAAAGUACGAAACAGCACUGUGUGUACUUUUUUACUGUGUAUUUGUUUCAUUUUCUUAAUAUGUUCAGCCUAUUAAGACUCAUUUGUUUGUACUGUGUAAUCUAGCAGAACGCAACAAACAGAAGUGGGUUUUAUUGUAGUUCUUUAAACAAUUAUUGUUUGGCACCACGCCAGAUAGGUUAUUCGUAGAAAACAAACAACAACAUAUACUGCAUUAAAUGAGCUUAAAAUAUGUCGGACAGUGGGCGCCGCAAUAACAUUGUUUCGUCAUAGGAGACUAUGACGUCAUAUUUUGAAAUAACGUCAUAUUUUCUAUAAUACCUAUUCCUGCUUGUCACGAUACAUUAAAGAAGUUGAAUUAUUUAGCUAUUAUUUAGUUUGCUUUUUAGAUGUCCUAUGCAUGCAGUUGUAAAGUAAAAGACAAUUUAAAGUGGACAUGAAGUUAUAUAAAAUCAACUGUUAAAGAAUCAACAAACAAAUCGGGCUGAUGUAAAUUCAUUUCAUUUACUGGUUUGUCGAAUAGAAAGUUACAACGAAUGUAAAAUAUAUCGUGUCACUGUAGCUUAUUGUAUUGAAGAAUGUUUGUGAAGACAUUUUGUGCCUCAUUUUAUACAGUGUGUGUGUAUAUACCAUGUGAUAAAUUACGGUUUUGUGAAAAGGUUUGCCAAAGUGUUUUAGAGAGUAAACUCUCACUCAAACUCUGGUAAAGACCGAGACGGAGAUCUGUAAGCGGCGUAGACUGCGCUAUGUUUCAUUUAAAAUGGUGAAGAAAUAGUUAUCUUUGUUUAAAGUCUAUAUUUGAAGUAUUGCCUUACGAUGGAUCAUUUAUGACGUAAUUUAUCACGUGGUACACACACUGUUAUAGAGGGAAUACAAAAAUAUGUUUAUUUAUAUUUCAUUGUGUAUUUUGAUUGAAGUCAUACUUAUUAAAUGUCACGGCCGUGGCGUUAUCUUGCACCAUAGUUAAUGUGUAAAAUUGUAUGGUAAACGGGAUUGCCUUGUUCCACACAUAAAGUUUUUGAUUCAGUAUGUGUGAUGGAAAUUUAAUAUCCUGUUUUUUGAUAAUUCUUUGGAUAGCCAUAUAUAAAAAUGGCAAUGUAUAUACUCUGUAUUAUUUGAUUGUUGUUCUAUUGAAGAAUUAAGGACUUAUUUGCAAAUUGUAUCUUCUAAUAUUUAUAUAGAAAGUUUGUUUCAUUCUUUGUCCUUUAUUUUACUUAAACUGUGUCAUUAUUUCAUUCAUUUUUGUUCAUUAUAUAGGAAGUCCAAACAAAUUUAUUUUUUGUUCCAUGGAUUUUUGAAAAAAAAGGUGAGCAUGGGAUUCCUUUAAUAAACAUACAUCUUUUUUCAUAACGUAAAACGGAAGCGAGAGAAGAGCGAUUUUUGUUCUCAUAAUCAAUAUAAUGAAGAAAAGCCAUUUAAUCGCAUUUAAACACAAUAUUAAACUUAAUCCCUAUUCGACAAUGGAAAGAUGUUCAAAUGCUUACUAUUUACUCAAUAUUCUUGAGUAGGCACUAACGUGGAUAAAUCAAAUUUGUAAGAUAAUUUUAACAGAUUCUAGGUAGAAAUUUCAUUUUAAUCAUUGUAGAUGGAAACCCUGCUUUUAGGAAAAGGUUUGAAACAAAUAAUCUACCUGAAUCACUUUAACAUCAUUUAGAACUUGAUUGAAACACUUAUUUUGAUUGAUUUGGGGAAAUUACUUGUCAUUGGUUAGUUUUAAAGGCUUAAGCCUUCUAUAAGUGACCCCCCCCCCCCCCCCCCCCAAAAAAAAACACACAAAAAAAACCACUUGUAUUUGUACACAACCUCUGUUAAUUGAUCUUUAUCUAAUUGCCUUAUUGUCUUAUCAGAUUUCUGAUCUGAGUAUCCUGCCGUGCAGUUUGGGAUAUUUUAAGAUAGAAAUGGACCCUAAAUGGCCCUGAGCCAAUAAACGAAUACACAGGAAACUGGCCCCUACUGUGUCACCAGUGCAAUUAGCAGAAAAAGCACAGUUGGGAAUUAACAUGCCAAAAUUCCUUAAACUAGGCCUUUAAGUGAAUGUCUUGUGAAUGCGGUUUUGAGUUAUGUCAAAUGUUAAUGUCUUUGCGCUAAAGUAUAGAGUUUUGCCCUCUUGUAUUUCGGAUGAAUUAUGUGGGCGAUGUUUUCUCUAUUAAAAGGGGCAUUCUUUUAACCAAAUAUGCUAGGGUUUUUAUUCACAAGUUUUGUUUUAUAUACAUUGCGCGUGAUGUGUGAAUAUUAAAUAAACGUUAAACGUUUAUAUUAAAUAACUGUUUAAUGUAUGUAUUAUUUGUUUACUAUGCAAUAGUUGAUAACUAUGUUCUAAUUAAAGAGUAAUACAUUGCAUAUAAUAUUAUGCAUUAUCAUAUGGAAUUCACAAUCGUAAAUAACGUAAUAAAUGCUCCUAUACUUUU